AUGCCUCGAGACCCACUCAUAGGUCUGGUCGGGAAGCCGUCAUCUGGCAAAUCGACCACUUUGAAUAGGUUCACUACAAUAGACCCUCAGCGAGCCAUUGGAUACCUUCAAAUAUCCUGUGCUUGCGCCCGACAUGGCGUUUCCGAUCGCUGCAAGCCCAACUAUGGUGCUUGCGUGCAAGGAAAGCGUUCUGUACCAAUCGAGCUCCUAGAUGUCGCUGGAUUAGUGCCCGGCGCACAUGAAGGAAAAGGGCUCGGCAACAAAUUUCUAGACGAUCUGAGACAUGCAGAUGCCUUGGUGCAUGUUGUUGAUGUCAGUGGGACCACAGAUGCAGAAGGAAAGGCAACCAGAGGAUACGAUCCGUCACAGGAUAUCGUGUGGCUUAGAUCGGAAAUUGUAAGAUGGAUAGAAGGGAAUCUGAUGGAGAAGUGGGGCUCUAUCAAACGUCGUCAUGUUGCCAUAAAGGCGAACCCUGUCGACACACUACAGAACCAAUUUUCUGGGUACGGGAGCACAUCGCAAACAGUGGCCCGCACGCUGGACCACUUAAAACUCAAGGAGCCUCUUGAACAUUGGUCACCUGAGACCAUAAGCUCUGUCGUUAACGCUUUCACCGAUGAAAAAUUCCCUACCGUCUUCGCCUUGAACAAAAUCGACCACCCAGACGCUGACAAGAACAUAUCGAGGAUUGCAAAGAUGCAAGAUCCGCAAUCUAUAGUCCUGUGCUCGGCCAUAUCAGAGGUUUUCCUGAGAAAGCUGGCAAAGCAGGGCUUUGUGCGUUACGUCGAAGGCAGCGAAUUUGUGGACACGAGGGAAGAUCUCCUAGAAAUGGGAGAGGCAGAUGGGGGUGGACUGAAAGAAUUGGAUGAGAAGCUGAAAACCAGGAUUGAGAAUCUGAAAGAUAUGGUGCUGUACAGAUUUGGUUCCACGGGCGUUGUGCAAGUGCUGUCACGAGCAGCGGAGCUUCUAGGUCUGGUACCUGUCUUCCCUGUCAGGAAUAUACAUGGGUUCGGAUCAGGGGCUGGGAGCAAUUUCGUAUUCAGGGAUUGCGUCUUAGUCAAGAAAGGCACAACUGUGAGGGACUGCGCAAGGAAGGUCAUGGGAGACGCGCCGUUGGCGUACGUGGAGGGCGCUGAAGGGGUGAGGGUCUCCGAGGAUGAGAUCGUGGAAGUAGGCAAGAACGAUGUCUUGUCCUUCAAGGUCGGUCGAUGA